AUGACAACAACAAACAACAACAGCAACUUUAUCGUUUCUGAUGAAAAAGUUAUUGAUUCAUUAGCUGAGGAAUUAGUUGUGGCAGAAACUAAAACCCUCAACGAAUUGGUGAAAAACAAGAUUGAUUUACAUAACUACCUCAAACACGAUGGAGGAAGAGGAAGGAAAACUGGUGUGGCUUUAUUAGUAAAUAAAAUAUCAAAUUUAACGAUUAUAGAUGUUGAUAUCAAUAAAUCAUACAAUGAUGAACUUAAAGAAACAGUUAGAAAAGACAUUUUAUCAAAACUUUUGGAUAAAGAUGUUAUCGUUAAAACCGCUUCAGGAGGUCUUCACAUUUAUUGUAACACUAAUUUCUUCUAUUCAGUUUCGAACAGAAUGAUUAAAUGCUAUUCCUGCAAUGAUUACGAUAUUGAUAUAAUGACUUCUAUGGAUGAUUCAAAGCGUUCAUUAGUAGUUAUGGCUGAUUCAAGAGUUCGCAAGAAUGCAACAGAACCAAUCAAUACAUACAUUCAUUCGUGGAAGUUACGACUCGACCAUAACCAGAACAGUGAAUGA